AUGGCGUCGCUGCUGCGCCUCCCCUCGCUGCUCUCCCCGUCCAAGCCCCUGCUUCGGCGCCGGCUGCCGGCGGCGAGGCUCGCGGCCUCCGCCGCGUCCAGGGGCCAGGCCUCGGCGGCCGCGGGCGCGGCGGCGCCGGCGGCCGCGGAGACCCGCGGCGGGGACAGGGAGGGGCAGGUCACGCCGCGGUCCGCGGACUUCAACGCCUGGUACACGGACGUGAUCGCCGCCGCCGAGCUCGCGGACUACGGGCCCGUGCGGGGGACCAUGGUCAUCCGCCCCUACGGAUACGCCAUCUGGGAGGCUAUCCAGGAUUAUUUGAAUGUCAAAUUCAAGGAAACAGGGCACAACAACAUGUACUUCCCUCAGUUCAUUCCAUACUCAUUUAUAGAGAAGGAAGCUAGUCAUGUUGAAGGGUUUAGCCCGGAGCUUGCGUUGGUCACCAUUGGAGGAGGAAAAGAACUAGAGGAAAAGCUUGUGGUAAGACCAACAAGUGAGACCAUUGUAAACCACAUGUUCACCAAAUGGAUUCAUAGCUAUCGUGAUCUUCCUCUCAUGAUUAACCAGUGGGCUAAUGUGACAAGAUGGGAAAUGCGGACUAAACCAUUCAUCCGAACUCUUGAAUUUUUAUGGCAAGAAGGUCAUACAGCCCAUGCCACCCUUGAGGAGGCAGAGAAAGAGGCGAUGCAGAUGAUUGAUGUAUAUACCAAGUUUGCCUAUGAGCAUGCUGCAAUACCAGUUAUUCCAGGUAGAAAAUCAAGAGUAGAAACAUUUGCUGGUGCCAAUCGGACUUACACUAUAGAAGCUAUGAUGGGUGACAAGAAGGCCUUACAAGCUGGAACUAGUCACAACCUCGGCCAAAACUUUUCACGAGCUUUUGGAACACAGUUUAUGGAUGAAAAUGGUCAAAUCGAACACGUCUGGCAGACCUCUUGGGCUAUUAGUACUCGGUUUGUUGGUGGGAUUAUCAUGACCCACGGUGAUGAUGCCGGUCUAAUGCUUCCGCCAAGGAUUGCACCCAUUCAGGUUAUAAUAGUACCUAUAUGGAAAAAGGGUGAUGAGAAGGCUUCUGUUCUGGAAGCUGUAGAUUCAGUUCAAAAAAUACUCAAAGAAGCAGGAAUCAGAGUUAAAGUGGAUGACUCAGAGCUGCGGACUCCUGGGUGGAAGUUCAACCAUUAUGAGAUGAAAGGGGUUCCUGUAAGAAUAGAGAUUGGUCCGCGUGAUGUCACAAAUAAGAGUGUUGUGGUUUCUAGGCGUGAUGUCCCAGCAAAGCAAGGAAAGGAGUUUGGAGUGUCUAUGGAGCCAUCAAUAUUGGUGAACCAUAUAAAGGGUCGUCUAGAUGACAUACAAGGAUCCCUUUUACAGAAGGCCAUCACAUUCCGUGAUAGUAACAUUGUUGACGUAAGCUCAUAUGGAGAGCUGAAGGAAGCUAUUUCUGAAGGAAAGUGGGCUAGAGGUCCUUGGUCAGCUAGCGAUGCUGACGAGCUGAAAGUGAAAGAAGAGACCAGUGCCACCAUCAGAUGCUUCCCUUUCGAGCAGCCUGAGGGCACCAAGAAAUGCUUCAUGACUGGCAACCCGGCAGAGGAAGUCGCAAUUUUCGCAAAGUCAUACUAG